AACCGGAAGUUAUCAUUUUCUGCUGUGUCACAAGGAGUACAAGAUGGUGACUCUGAAAGAGAUUGUAACUAUGUAUCAGAAUUUAAAGAGGGAAUGGGACAAAAAACCUCCCAAUUUAGACAAUUGUGGACAGCUGCUAUCUAAAUUAAAGAUUGCUCUGACCAGUGUGACGUUUUUACCGACGGACGAAGCUGAACCUUCCAAACAAGAGCUAUUAGUCGCACGAGACAUUCUGGAAAUUGGAGCCCAAUGGAGCAUCCUUCGGCAAGACAUCCCAGCUUUCCAACGUUAUAUGGCUCAAUUGAAGUGUUAUUAUAUGGACUAUAAAGACAACCUGCCAGAUUCUAAUUACAAAUACCAGUUACUUGGUUUGAAUUUACUUUGUUUGUUGUCGCAGAACCGUCUUGCCGAGUUCCACACCGAAUUGGAACUCCUACCUGUGAAAGACAUCCAAAAUAAUAUCUACAUUAAACACCCUGUCUCUAUCGAGCAAUACCUGAUGGAAGGAUGUUACAACAAAGUUUUUAUAGGUAAAGACUCCGUACCGGCCGAAAGCUAUAAUUUCUUCAUGAACAUUCUGCUAAAUACAAUUCGAGACGAGAUUGCUGCUUGUAUAGAGAAGGCCUACGACAAGUUGGCCCUCAACGAAGCUGCUCGGAUGUUGUUUUUCGAGAGUCAAGUGCCCAUCCGUGAAUAUGCUCGCCAGAGAAACUGGAUUCUGUCCAAAGACAGUUAUUUCAACUUCAACAUUGUCGAUUCUCAGAAGGACACUGAAGAUGUUAUCCCUGCCAAGGAACUUGCUAAACAAACCAUCGACUACGCACGGGAGUUGGAAAUGAUCGUUUAAAUCGUUUGGUUUUACGUAUGUAAUAAGCAAUCCUUAAGUUUUUUUUUUGUUUUUUUUUGCGUCAACUCUAUACAGGUGAGUCUGUAAAAAGUAAGGUAAUAAUUAGUGUCUUGAUAAGAAACACCUACAUUGUACAGCUGUGUCCGUCACCAGACAAAACAAAUUGCAGUUUAGUACAUAUGUGAAUCAUUAAGAAAUGUAAUUUAUAUUGUAAAAUCAGGAGUAAAGUAUUUCUCGCCCAAAUACAUUUCACCCCCAUCUUUCUUGUUUUCCCCGUUCCACACCACCAUUUUCCAGACAC